AUGGCACCCGGUGGCUUCUUCGACCGCCUCCAGGCUUCGAUCCAGCAGAAGAUCGAGCUCUUCCGCCUCGAGCAGCGUUACACCCGCCGCCGCCACCGCCGCUCCACCUUCAUCUCCAACGCCGUCUACGUCGACGGCGAGUACGUCUACCAGACCCCCAACAGCACCGGCUCCUCCUCCACUUCCUCCGAUCCUCCUUCCGCCCGCGUCGACGCCCUUCAUCAGUCCGAGCCCGAGGCCGCCGCCUAUGCCGCCGCCGCUGCGAAGGAGAAGCGGUUGAGCCGUCGUCUAUCCAGCUUGGCCAUGCCGCGGAGGUGA